AAGUGAAAGUAGCUUACAUCAAGGUCCACAGUGACGCAGUUCACGUUGUGAAAGUCGCCCAUUCAAUUCCUGUAUUGAGUCAGCUGGCGUGACUUAAAUCUAGGUAAAUGAUAUUCACUUUUGUCUUCAGUGUAGUAACACUUGUUCGUGAAUCUGAGAAAGGAUAUUUGCUAGAUCUAGAAUAGAUCUAAUCUACACAUUAUCUUCUGAGGUCUUCCAAAGUCAAAAGGCCUAAAAUCCAAGCCAAGAAGACCACCAACCAAGCCCACAAACAAAGACAAAGCCAAAGCCGUCGAAGCAGAGAACUCCAACAAAGAAGCCAAGCUCACAUUACCUUCCUCCUAGAGAAAAAAUUAUGAGCAAGAGAAGGCCAUGCUGUAUCAAAGACAAUUAUGAAUGAGAGCCAAAGGUCAGAGAUUAAGGAGAAUGGAACUUGCAACAGUUCUCUCCUAAACGUUCCACAGUCAAGACCUCCACAGGUGAGAAUACAAGUACCAGUCGUGGAGGCGUGCACACAGACAGAACAAUGGCUGCCAUUCCCAUUGUCUCCGCAGGAAGCAGUUCAAGUUCCAUAUCCUUAUUCUGGGUUUCAACUGCCUCCUCAGUGGCAGCCUAAGCCAGGGGAGACAUUCCUUGUCUCAUCUGAAGAGAAAGAAGUCACAAUGGAGAAAGCUUAUCUGUCAGCAAACAACUCUUCAGUGAACAGUGCCAAGGGACCAGCAGGUUACUCUGGUGUGGAGGGUUUCCAGGUGAAGUCAGCUCCUUCUCAGCGAUCCCAGUUUUCCGGUUAUCUUAUAGCUCUGAGGCCAUGGUCUUUCCCAGCAUCUAUAACCCCUGUUGCUCUUGGGAGCUGUUUAGCAUAUAAAGCCCUGGGUGUUUUCAGUGUAUACAUAUUUUUCAUGACAGUGAUCACAGCUCUAUGUGUGCAUGCCGCAGGUAAUCUGGUCAACACUUAUUUUGACUUUGUUCGAGGAGUGGACACGAAAAAAAGCGAUGAUCGCACCCUGGUUGACAGCAUUCUUCAGCCAAAUGAUGUUGUGAGGCUCGGUGCGGUCGUCUAUAUAGCAGGCUGUGUCGGUUUUGUGAUAGUCAACAUUCUCUCGGAAGCCAAAAUGGAGCACCUAGCCCUAAUAUACUUCUGCGGCUUAUCCAGCAGUUUUUUGUACACUGGAGGUUUGGGGUUGAAGUACAUUGCAAUGGGUGACAUCCUUAUCGUUUUGACCUUUGGCCCGUUGACAGUCGUAUUUUCCUACCUCAGCCAGACUGGGCAGCUGUCUCUCGUCCCGCUGAUGUACGCAAUCCCCCUGGCCCUGAACACUGAAGCCAUUCUGCACUGCAACAACACCAGAGACAUGGAGGGUGACAAGCUAGCAGGGGCCAUCACCAUGGCAAUCCUAUUAGGCAGAUCGGGCUCGUACGCACUCUUCUGUUUUCUCCUGUUCAUCCCAUACCUCCUCUUUAUCACCGUGGGGAUUCAUUUCUCGCCCUGGAUCCUGCUCCCAGCUGCUUCCAUCUUUUUUGCUUUUCGUUUGGAAAAAGAAUUUCGUCGUGGCAACCUGACAACGUUACCACAGUCUGUCGCUCGGCUGAAUCUUGUCAUAGGCGUUUUGUACAUUGCAUCCUUGUACCUUUCCAACUGGAGCUCUCUGCCUUCAAUGACACAGCUGGGAUAAAGAUGCAGCAGACAGACAACAUUGUGUUUGGAAAAAUGGUCAGGUUUGUUGUUUUAACUCAUUGUACUGACUGGUCCUAAGGUACAACAACAUAAUCUUUGCCAGAGUUUGUUGAACUCUUUUUUGAUAGAUAAAAAUAUUGUUUUUUAAAAAUCUCCUUUGCCUUAGGUGUCGAGAUGCAAAAUCAGGGAAUUCUCUUCCGUUUGUGACUCAGUUAGGAUGGAAUUAGUGAUGGUAAUUACUUAAAACUCAAAUGUGAGGCAGCGUGGUAGACACAGGCUCUCGUCAAUUUUUGGGCAUGUAGAGUUA